GGAAAAGAAGAAGGCGAGAUCCGCACAGACAGCGGCUGCGGCCACUGUCUCGCCGCCCGCCUGUGCGGGCGCCUUGCCGGGAGAGUGCGGCGUUUGGGGGGGGUGUCGGCCCCCGUGCCUCCCCCCUGGGGUCCCGCGGCCGCCGCGCGCCGGGGCUGUGGGGCUCAGGCGCUGGAGCAGGAUUCCCCGAGAAGGAGGAGGCGGGAGAGGAGGAGGAGGAGGAGGAGAAGGUGCCGGCGGCUGCGGGUCCGGGGGGAAGAUGCCGCUGGCGCAGCUGGCGGACCCGUGGCAGAAGAUGGCUGUGGAGAACGCGAGCGACAGCGCUGAAAAUGGGCAGCAAAUUAUGGAUGAACCUAUGGGAGAAGAGGAAAUUAAUCCACAGACUGAAGAAGGCAGUAUCAAAGAAAUUGCAAUCACACAUCAUGUAAAGGAAGGACAUGAAAAAGCAGAUCCCUCCCAGUUUGAACUUCUAAAAGUACUAGGGCAAGGAUCAUUUGGAAAGGUAUUUCUAGUAAAAAAAAUCUCAGGAUCUGAUGCUAGACAGCUUUAUGCAAUGAAAGUAUUGAAAAAGGCCACACUGAAAGUUCGAGAUCGUGUUCGGACAAAAAUGGAACGUGAUAUUCUGGUAGAAGUUAACCAUCCAUUUAUUGUUAAGUUGCAUUAUGCUUUUCAAACUGAAGGGAAACUAUAUCUUAUUUUGGAUUUUCUCAGGGGAGGUGAUUUGUUUACACGCUUAUCCAAAGAAGUGAUGUUCACAGAAGAAGAUGUCAAAUUCUACUUGGCUGAACUUGCACUUGCUUUAGAUCAUUUACAUAGUCUUGGAAUAAUCUAUAGAGACCUAAAACCAGAAAAUAUAUUACUUGAUGAAGAAGGCCACAUCAAGUUAACAGAUUUUGGCCUAAGUAAAGAAUCUAUUGAUCAUGAGAAGAAGGCAUAUUCUUUUUGUGGAACAGUAGAAUAUAUGGCUCCAGAAGUAGUUAAUCGACGAGGUCAUACACAGAGUGCAGAUUGGUGGUCUUUUGGUGUUUUGAUGUUUGAGAUGCUUACCGGUACUCUACCAUUUCAAGGGAAAGACCGAAAAGAAACUAUGACUAUGAUCCUCAAAGCCAAACUUGGAAUGCCACAGUUUUUAACCCCUGAAGCACAAAGUCUUUUACGUAUGCUUUUCAAACGAAAUCCUGCAAACAGACUAGGAGCAGGACCUGAUGGAGUUGAAGAAAUUAAAAGGCAUUCAUUUUUCUCCACAAUAGACUGGAAUAAAUUAUAUAGAAGAGAAAUUCUUCCACCCUUUAAGCCUGCAACUGGUAGACCUGAAGACACAUUUUAUUUUGAUCCUGAAUUUACUGCAAAAACUCCAAAAGAUUCACCUGGUAUUCCACCUAGUGCUAAUGCACAUCAGCUUUUUCGAGGUUUCAGUUUUGUUGCUAUCACAUCAGAUGAUGAAAGCCAAGCAAUGCAGACUGUGGGGGUACAUUCAAUUGUCCAGCAGUUGCACAGGAACAGUAUUCAGUUUACCGAUGGAUAUGAAGUAAAAGAAGAUAUUGGAGUUGGCUCUUACUCUAUUUGCAAAAGAUGUAUAAAUAAAGUUACAAAUAUGGAAUAUGCAGUUAAGAUUAUUGAUAAAAGCAAAAGAGACCCAACAGAAGAAAUUGAAAUCCUCCUUCGUUAUGGACAGCAUCCAAAUAUUAUUACUCUAAAAGAUGUCUAUGAUGAUGGAAAAUAUGUCUAUGUAGUAACAGAACUUAUGAAAGGAGGUGAACUGCUGGAUAAAAUUCUUAGACAGAAAUUUUUCUCUGAACGAGAAGCCAGUGCCGUCCUAUUUACAAUAACCAAAACUGUAGAAUAUCUUCAUGCACAAGGGGUGGUUCACAGAGACCUGAAACCUAGCAACAUUCUUUAUGUAGAUGAAUCCGGUAACCCAGAAUCUAUUCGAAUUUGUGAUUUUGGCUUUGCGAAACAGCUAAGGGCAGAAAAUGGUCUUCUGAUGACUCCAUGUUAUACUGCAAAUUUUGUUGCUCCAGAGGUUUUAAAAAGACAGGGAUAUGAUGCUGCAUGUGAUAUAUGGAGUCUUGGUGUUCUGCUUUAUACAAUGCUUACUGGCUACACUCCAUUUGCAAAUGGUCCUGAUGAUACCCCAGAAGAGAUACUGGCACGAAUAGGCAGUGGAAAGUUCUCACUCAGUGGUGGUUACUGGAAUUCCGUUUCAGACACAGCAAAGGAUCUUGUUUCAAAGAUGCUUCAUGUAGAUCCACAUCAAAGAUUAACUGCUGCCCUUGUACUUAGACAUCCUUGGAUAGUUCACUGGGACCAGUUGCCCCAAUACCAGCUAAACAGACAAGAUGCUCCACAUCUAGUAAAGGGUGCCAUGGCAGCUACAUAUUCUGCUUUAAAUCGCAACCAAUCACCAGUUUUGGAACCAGUAGGCCGUUCUACACUUGCUCAGCGGAGAGGUAUUAAAAAAAUUACCUCAACAGCCCUCUGAAGUGACCUCAACCAUUUAUUUGGUACCAUGGUAUAAGAUGAUAGCACAAAUCAUGGCAACAGGUAGCACAUACCUGAGAGAUACCUGCAAGCACACACUGUCCCAGCUGGUACCCAUAAUGCUGCUGCUCCUGCUGCUCCUGCUUUCAUCUGUUCUCGCUUUAAAUGAUUGUUGGCAAGUUAGACUUUCCUGGAGCUUCGAAUGGAAUGAAUAAUGAAGAUAUGUUCACUGAAUCAACCAGAAGAAUCAUGAACACCACCUCUGUCAUUAAACAAAUAUACAUACACACAUAUGUUCGUGUGUGUGUGUGUGUGUGUAUGUGUGUGUGUAUAUAUAUAUAUACACACACACACACACAAAUAUAUAUACAUAUUAUAUAUAUAUAUACAUACAUACACUGAAUAAUAAAGUACUCUACCAUAUAGCAUUAUUUUUAUAGGGAAUAUUUCUUGUCCCCAAAAAUAUUCUUUGUUACUUAUAAGGAUGGACAAUUUCUGUUUAGCACUUAACUUAAACAAUCCGUUUAUAUUAGCACUGUAUCCUUUGUGCCAUCCAACAUUUUGUAUGUUUUUGUAAACAAUUCAUACACAGUACAUUUCUGUACUGCUUUCUUUAAUGUAUACAUGCCUUGUUUAACUUGGACCUUAUUAUGAAUCAAUUUGACUAUUAAAUCUGGUUAAGCAGUUCACCUGAAUUAAUCAGUAUUGUUGGACAGCUCGAAAAUUGCCUGAUUGCUCAACAGCCAUUGAAUGUAAUACUAUGAUCUUGUACAAACCCUUCCUCAUUUCUAUGUCACUGAUUUUGUUCUUAAAGUGAGGUGCACUGUCAUGCAGAUAUAGGGAGCUGUUGUACUAGGGCAAGGUGAAAUAGUGCAUUAAUAUGCGUGUGUGGCAUGGUAUCAAGAAUAUGCCAAAAAGCAAGCCUAUCCACUUUGCAACCCUAUUGCUUUGAUCUGAUUUUUCUUAAGUAAGGAAUCUUUCCCCUUGCACUUUUUAAUUUUGAGUGGUAUUGGCUUAAUAUUAGUUGUUUGUGUUUUGAAUUUUUGUUUUAAAUUUUAUUUGGGAGUUACUUAGUGAGACAAUUAGAUAAGAAAAGAUUGUCAAAAACUCGUGUCCAUUGUAGCUAUGGUAUUAGGUGCUGGUUUGAAAUCGAUUCACAAGUCACUGCUCUUCAUUUGAAAUUGAACUUAAAUCUUAUCCUAUAGCAGAAAGUAUUCUUGACCAUCCAGUGUUGAAUUGGAAAGAUAAAAUAUAAAUUAGUUCAUCUUUAUGAAUGAUUUUGUGUACUUCUGAAUACCUGGAGUCAGGAUACUUCUGACUAGUUAGUUGGUCACCAUAUUUAACCUAGCGUUUUAGCAUUCUUCAAAGAGAUAUAAAUUUGGUGAGUGUCACUAUUUUGUUUCACCAUUGAAAUGUAUGCAAACAUGAUUGCCCAAAUGAGGUGUCUGAAGCAGAUUUCUGCCAGACUACUCGGUGUCUUAUUUGCUUGUUUUGCAAAUGUCACUUUUACAGACUAUGGAAAUGCUUAAUUAACUCAGUUCCUUUUCUGCUAUUAACUAAUCAAUGAUCUUAAAAUAUAUUUGUGCAAGGAAAAAAUAAGCUAAUUUACCUCAUUCUGAAUAUGCUUAGUUAAAUCUAAUACACUAAGCCAUAUGAAAUCAAAAAUUUUUUUUCCUGCCAAAAGCUUUAAUUAUUUCUGUAUAAAAGUAUAAAACAAGAAGGCUUUGGUUUGGUUUAUCUAAACAAUUUAUGGCAAUUGGUUAUCAUGCCUUAAAUUGGUGAGCUAGCCUAUUAAUUGAUGUCCUAUAGUUUUGAGGUUAGGAAUACCGAGAACAUAAACAAGACUAGGUUCUCUUUAAAUUGUAUAAUUCUUGAUGAUUUUGAAUGGAUGAGAAAUAACCAUUUCUGUGACAAUUCAGAGAUUAGAAAUCAUUUAAAUGAUAAGAGGGAUUAAGAUGGUUGCUAAAUUAAAUAUCUGCACCCUGUUAACCAGAAUGGUUAUCAGAAAUCGAAUGAAAUAAGACCUAAUAAUAUUGCAUAGAUGGGGCACCAGAAAGAAACUUUGAUGUUUCCGAAGUACUUAACAUAGAUGAUGUUGUUAUCUAGGAAAGUGUUCAUAUUUUCUCCAUUACCUGGAAAGAAUUAGUUUUCUUUGAUCUUAAUUGAACUAAAACUUCAUUCACACUGGCAUCCUGUAACAUUGUUUCUUUUAAAUUAUGAUCAUAAUUUGGGGCAGGACAAGAAAUAAUUCAGGCAGAUUAUAUUUUUAACUAAAGUUAAUUUAAGAUGACUAAAAUUUAAAAGGCAGUUGUCAACCAUAAAAUUGUCCAUUUAGAGCAGAAAAAAGCACAUUAGAAAUUCUCCAUUCCAACCAUUUCAUAUUACAGAAGAGAAAACCGGUCCAGAAAAGUUAAAACUUCAGUUUCCCUCACAGUAAAAAGAGGAUUAAGUCCUCUAAGCUCUAAAAUUCUAUGAUUUGAAAUAAUGUGUCAAGUUCACAGAACUCUUUGGUAGCUGAACAAAAACUCAAAUCCAGGGAAACUGUGUUAUAAUGAAAAGAACCCUGAAUUUGAAGUCAGAAGCUCUGCCUUUUAUCACUUAUGAGACCAUGUCACUCUUCUGGGCCUCGUAUACCUUAUGUGUAAAAUGAGAGAUGAUUUAGAUGAUCUCCUAGGAGUUCAUUCCAAACCCUAGAAUCAUAGGACUUCCAAUUAUAUUAAAUAUUUACCAUAUCAUGCUAUCUUCCCUGUAUAUUGCCCCUUGACAAAUAAAUUAAGAGUUACAUUUUUGUUAGAAUUAGCUUCCAUUCAACAAAUAUUUAUUGAAAACCUAUAUUAUCUUCUGAGGCACAGAUUAAUAAAAGAGUGCCUGCCCUCAGGGAGCUUAUAGUUGAUAAGGAAGACUAUGUACACAAAUAACUAUAAUAAAAAUUAUACACUCUUAUGUUAUUGGAUACUCUGAUUUUAGUAUUAUCAGUAAGUAAGUGUGAUCUUACCUGCUAGAUUUAGGUAAAUUGUCUUACUCUUUAAAUAACAAUUCACAUAAUCACAGAACUAUCACAUUGGUUAAGAAAAAAGGUUAUGAAAAUAAUUCAGGGCUCCUUUUUUCAUCUGACAUUACCAUUUUUAUUAAUUGCUUUGAAUUCAGUUCUUCCACAUUUCUCUAGUCACUUUAUUAACAUGGACAUUUAAUCUUCUCUCUCUCACCAUUAAGCUAUCUUUUGGAAUCUACGUAAUAUUCUAUUUUCAAAAAUCUUCCUCUUUUGUCUUCUUGCAUUGCCAGUAAUGAAUGGGAAGCAAGUAUUAGUUAUUAGAAAGCAUUGGUUAAUCAAAAUGCUGCUAAUUUAACAAUGUCCCCUGCAUUCUAAAGAGUACUUGGAGCACAUACACCAUUCAUUUUGUUUUCUUUUUUAAGCAAUUGUAUUAAAAUUAAGUGUUUUGGUUGUUUUUUUUUUUUUGUUUUUUUUUUUACAAAUCACUUUUACUUUUUCUAGUUUAUUAGAGACAUCACAUCCAGAUAUUUUCUGUUUAUAUAUAAUUGUAUUGUGACUAUUUCCAGGAUUGAUUUUUGUGCUUGUCCCAGAAAGUCUCAGUCCUAUUACUGUGCUAGAUGGAGCUUCUUUUGACUAAAGGUUCCGUUUAGGCUUUGAUCCUUGUAAUUUUAAAUUCAGGUAAGGUUAGAUGUUUUAACAGAUGAAUUAAAUCAGUAUUGUGACUGCAAUUAAUAAGAAUAGCCGUCUUUAUCUCCAGGGUGCUUAUAUUUUGCUAAUCUUAAGUGAGAAUUUGUGGAGAUUUUUUAAUGAAGGAAUAAAAUGAGGUAAUUAAUACCUGUGGUACUCUGUGGAUCCACACAUAACCACUCUUUUUUACAGUUGAUGGACCUGCAUAGCCAUACUAAACAAACAAAGCACUCAGAAACAACUUAGUGUUAUUUCUGUCUAUGGAAUUUUGUGUAGUGUGCUUUGAAAAAAGUAGUUUUUAAUUUGGUUCCUAUGUGACAGUGCAUCUCAAAGAAUUGAGAAACUUUAUUUUCUUAAACCUGGGAUCUCAAUCUCAAGUGCAUUACUUUGUCUUGACUAGUCUUUUAUUGUUUGUUUGUUUAAAAAGAAGACUAAGGAUUUGGAUGAGCGCCUACCUCCUACCUCUUAAGGCUCUUUUCUCAUGACUGCUACUAAACCUUGGAGUUUGUGAUCAGCAGUUUAGAUUUUUGUCCUGGUGAUGACUACCAGGUCUCCUAGCAGAGUGCAAGUAGAUGUAAUUGGGCAAGAAAAAAAAAAUGGUAUCAUUCACAGAGGAAUCUCAAACAAAACUUCAGAGCUAAGUUGCCAGUUAUUUAUGUAAGUGUAUGAGAGAAAAUAGAGAAGCUGGCUAUAAUACUAAGUAGAUUUAGUUUUGUAAUCUAGUGGGGUGAAGAUUUCUACUUCUAUUAGAAUCAUUAUAGUAUUGAACAAAACCCAUAUUGAGCAUUUCCAAUUGAUGUAUUUAAAACAAAAUUUUAAAUACAAAGCAAGGACAUAAGAAUAUAGCUUGUUUUGUUUUAUCUUAAUAGAUGUAGUUUACAGUACUUCUAAAGCUUUGCUUCUUUAUUUGGAAGAAAAAAAAAUAAGCUUCAUGAUAUGUCAUUCCUUGGUAAGUUUAAAAAUUAUUGGAUGAUGAGUUUUACUCAGUUUACAUCACUCAAAAGUGAUGUAAAUUUAUUAGUUUUAUCUUUGCUUUUAUCCUAAUCAAAAAAGGGAAGUGUAUACAUGAGGGAUGUAAUUAUUUUGCAGUUUUUGCUGGGAAAGGAGAAGUUGGGUAGAUAAGUACUUAAAUGGUUUUUAAAAAAGAGAAAAAUAAGAUAAAUAUUUUUCUACUAUUAUAUGAUUAUACUUUAUACUAGUUUCUCUAGUAUGGCAUGCCAGGAAGUCCAGGGUACUAUAUCAUAAGUUAAUAGUGUAUUUUACCUUUUAUUAGGCAAUUAAAGUAGCAUCAGAUGCUUGGCACUACUGCCUUGAUUAUAAAAUACUCAUAAAAGAUCAAAUAUUACUGAACAAUUUAAAAGAAUAAAUUAUUCCCAAGUUUGAUCUAGGAAAUUUUCCAAUCAUAUUGUUAAUGUGUAAUCUAAGCUAUUUCAAUGGUAUACAUGAACAAUCCUGGAAAGAUAUUGCUUGUAUUCCUGGCACAAGUUGUCAGGCUUUGUAAUCUUUAAAAGAAAUGAAAAUUUAUACAAUGAAUAAACUUUCAAAUAGAUAUGUACACACACACACACACACACACACACACACACAUAUAUGCCACCUUUUUCCACAUACUUUUAAUUACUGUAUGCCAGUUGGAUAACAGCAUGUCAUCUCAAAUCAAGGUUCUGUCUCAUUAACUCCUAUCUGUGAAAUUAGAUUUCCAGAUUUUGAUUAUAUAACCUGCCAGGAAAAUACCGAAGCUUAUUGGCUAAAUCUUAUAAGAUAAUCAUUCAAUAAGACAUUUUCAAUUUUGUUGGGUAGAUUUUAUGUCAUGCUAUUUAGGGAUGGUUCACUUAGAACAUCUUAGAUUUUUAAAUCAAUGGAAAGCCUCCAAGAUAAAAGUUCAAACUAUGUACAAAUAUUUGAUAACUGUCAACCAGAGAAAUUUAUUAUUAAUGUUAUUAAAUAAUGAUUUUAUUUUAUCAUGAAGUUUAUGCUCAUCUCAAGCCCGGUUGCUAAUGAUCCUGUGAGAAUUAAGUUUUCAGUCUCACUAAAAUUUCUAAUCUUUAACAAACUUUGAGUUACUACUAUCAGAGAGGAGAUUAGUCUACAAUUUUGUUACCUGAAAUAACCACCAUGGUGGAAAAAAUAGGGAUAAUUUGUAAUUAUAGCUGCUUCUAUAGCAAGAUCAAAGGCAUAUUUCACAAUGGCUUUGCUAUAUUAAAUUGAAGUCCUCUGAGGUGGGUGUGGUAGGACCAUAUAAAAUCAAAGUGACUUAGAAGACCAUUAUUUUUUAAAUUAAUUUUCAAUUUUUUUCUGUGCAAAAUAGCUUAUCAGAUUUUACUAAUGAGGCAUAUUAGUUAAUAUGUUUUGUAGUGAAAUUCUUUACAACCAAAUAGGUAUCCUUAAUGUUCUGAUCUUUUUUUUAUAAACAUAAAACUCGAGAUAUUUUAAAGUCAUUAUAUUAGAUUAGUGAUCUCAAAUGAGAAAGUGGUCAUUCAAAUUUACUUUGAUUAUGUAUUAUAGAUAAAGCAUAUGUCUGAAGGAGAAUCCCAAAAUUGUAUUUCAAAUGAAAAAGUAAUAAUUUUUUAUUUCCCAUAAUGUGUUUUAACAGGAAAAGGUGUGGUGUUUUUAUUUCCUUCUUAAAGUGGGAUACCUAUUAGUCAUUUUUCAUGAGCAUAACUCAAUGUUAAAUAUGUUGAGAGGUUGAAUAAAGAAGAUUGAUUGUUAGUAUCUGAAAGUUAUAGAUACAAGAUAAUAAAUGAGAAAGAAGACAUUAUGGCAAUACAAAUAAUUGCAAGAAUGUGAAGAUGAGAAAAUUUGAAGCAUUCAGAACUUCAAAUAUGUGUUUCCACUGCAUGAUUCCCCCCAAUAAAAUCCCUUUAGUUAACUUAUGGAGUCAAGAAAUAUGUGUGUAUUUUGAAAAAAAUUUUGAAGUGCUAACUAUUAAUAUACAAAGUAUGUGUUAUAUAGAGAAGCAGGUUUUAGAGAAUGGCAACAUCAAAAAUAUACUAAUGCAUUUACUUUAGUAAAUUAUCUAAGGAUUUAAGAUUGCAGAGCAUCCAGAAUCAGGAGGAAGAAAAAAACACUGAUCUGAAUCAGAAGGGUCUAUAUAAGCAUAUUAAAUAUUGUGUGCAAAGUGCUAGGAAAAGAGACUCUGCUCUCCUCUACAGAGUAAAAGACAGUUUGUAGGUUACAAAUCUGAUAGUGCCUGGCACAUAGUAAAUAUUUUCUUUAAAUGCUUAUUCACAUAAAAGACUCAUGAGAAGGAAAAAAUGAUCUUCUUGAAUAUAUUAUUAAAGCACCCCAAUUACCCAAAUUCAUUUCAAGCAAAGAUACCCCAGGCAAUUGGUUAGCUCAGUUAAGUGCUAGGGGACCUGGAUUUUCUUGUAUGUCUUUACCCCCUCUCUUAGCUCCACAAAAGAAACGAAUUACAGAAAUUGUCACCUUUUCUCCUUGUCAUGUCUUGUUUUGCUUGAAGGAUGAAGCAAUACCAAAUUGUUUGGGUUUGGGUUUUUUAAAAUGAUAAGGCUGGAUCUUCAGAUUUAUUUUACAGGAAGUAGCAGGACCAUAAGAUUUAAAGGAGAUAAACCCCUUAGAAAUCAUCUAAUGAGACUAAUUUUACAGAUGCUGAAACAGGCCCAGGGAAAUUAGUGCAAUUUAUUGUUUUUCUUUGGAACAACUCAAUAAAAAUACAAAGUGUUAAUUUACCCUAAUACACAGCUAACUACUGAUAGAUGGAGGAAGAGAGUGCAUCUUUCAUUUCCUGAUAGUGGCUCAGCUUCAGUUUGUACUUAAGUAGUUCACAGUGCUUUAUCCAUAGAUGAUGUUCAUUAAGUAUUUUUAAUUAAAAAUACAAGAAAAUGCAAUGAGUUAAGAUCAAUUUCUUGUAAAUCUUGUAAAUGAGUUUUCUGUUACUGAUCUAAGCUUUAAAAAGUAUUUUUGAUUUGGGUUUUUUUUUUCCAAGAUGGCAGAAAAGUGUUUUUGAAAGUAUAAUUGUUUAUUAAAACUACAAGGACAUGACUAACAAGUAUUGAGUAAAAAAUAAAAUAACCUAUGUAUUAAUUCCCAUAAAGACAGCAAAGAUAUCAGAGAUUACCUGAACCAUAUUUAAGCAGUGAAAAUAGAUUGAGAAGCAUUAUUCUUGAAGUAGUAACCUAAGUUCAAAUCCUUCUCUCAGACAUUCUUGAUUAUGAGACCUUGGACAAGGGAGAAGGAAUGUCAAGACUGGAAGUUCCCAACACCAUUGAAAUCAGGAUCAUAGCUAUAGGCAGCUGGUGGCAAAAUGGAUUAAGUACUGGAACUGUAGUUGGAAAGAUCCAAGUUCAAAUUCAGAUUUAGAUUCUAGCAAUAUGACCCUGAACAAUUCACUGAACUCUGUUUCCUCAACUGUAAUGUGGAAUGAUAGCCCCCAUUUCAAAAGAUAAUUGUAAAGAUCAAAUGAGACAAUUUAAAAAACAAUACUUAGCACAUAGUAAGUGCCUUAUACUUUUUCCAUCCCCACUGCUUUAGAGGUAAAGGUUGUUAGAAGUUAUAUAGUUCAAAUCUCUUGUUUUACAAAUGGGUAAACUGAGGGCAAGAGAAGGUAAAGUGAUUUGCCUUGAUCACAGAGGUAGCAAGUAAAAAAGCUGGAAUUUCAGCCCAGGUCCUCUUGAAUAAAUCCAAUAUUCUUCUCUACUACAGGAUGAAAACAAAAAUGUAUAUGUACAUGUUGGGGGAUUAUUGUAUUUUUAUGUUUAUGGGUGGGGGUUGGGGUCCCAACCUAUUGCAGUGUGAUAUUGAAGAAUGCAAUGUUUGUUACAUAUUAUAUCAUCGUGUGUACAUAUUAAUACAUAUUUGUACAUAAACAUACCUAACUUCAUUUUUUAAAAGCACUGUAUACAAAAAGUAGAAAACAAAAAUCUUUAGGUAAGAGAUUUUGAUUUAACCAUUAUAAUCAUUCUUUACCUAUUUGUUGAGAGGAGAAUAGGUAAGUGGGAGACUAGUAAAUUAAUGAUUUGUGGUCACUUAGCUGAAUUCUCCUUCUCUCUCUCUCUCUCUCCUCCUCACCUCUGCCCCCACUGCUUAUUUCCCAGGUAAGAACACUUUCCACUGAAUUUGGACGUUUAUUUAGCAUUUUUCACAAGACAUCAUGAGCCGUGGCUUUUCUCCAGUAUUUUGGUACACAUUUUUGCCCAUGUUUCAUAAAGUUCUACCCUGUUUUCUACAAGAGUAGUCUCAUGUAUCUUCAGUUAUAUUACCAUAUUCUCUCCCAUUGAGGGAAACUUUCCUCAAGUAGCCUCAUAUUACAGCAAAUCUCUUUUAAAGUAUUAGUUAUUGAUACCUCAUCCGCAAUCUGAUUAUGUAAUAUAGACUUCUGAUCCAUAAUAAGCCUUCAUUUGAAAAUUAACUCCCAAGAAGAAUUUUAUAUUUUCUUCAAAUGUAUUCUUAUGAAGUAUUAGGAGAAAAGGAGAUAGCUCCCUUACACUGACCAGCAAGAAUCACCUUUGAGCAUCUUUUAAGCUAGGAUAUUUAUGUUGUCAAAUGCCUACUGGAAAAAAAAAAAAGUUAAAUAGGUAACUAUGUUAAAUUA